AUGGCCUGGUCAUGGCUUGAUAGGAUCAUGGAGAGAGGGACUACGGGCUCCUCCGGCGUACCUGACGAUACGUCGUCUAGCCAUGUCAUCAAAGUGUCGCCCCGUGAAGUGCUCUGCGUGGGAGCCGUGUGCUGGGCGGUGUGGAGGUACUUCCGGUACAUCACAUGCCUGCACACCUACGGCCGGGACAUGACGGCCAUGGCCGGCAAGGCCGAUCCGGUGAUCGGGCGUGACGACGAGAUUGAUCGCGUCAUCCGCAUCCUCUGUCGCCGGACCAAGAACUGCGCCGCGCUUGUCGGCGCCGCCGGGGUCGGCAAGACGGCCAUCGCCGAGGGCCUCGCGCAGCGCAUCGUCGCCGGGAAGGUCCCGUCCAAGCUCGCCGGAGCGCGUGUCAUUGAGCUCAACCUCAUGGCGAUGGUGUCUGGUACGAUGUAUGUUGGCAUGUCCGAGGAGCGCAUGACGGACUUUCUCAAGAAGGUGGCGGCUGCACGCGGCAAGGUGAUCCUGUUCUACUCCAUGUAUAUCGAGAAGGAUCCUGCACUCGAGCGGCGGUUCCAAAAGGUGCACGUUGAGGAGCCGAGCACGCAUUCCACCAUUGCCAUCCUCCAGGGGCUUAAACCCCGGUACCAGAAGCAUUAUGGCUUGGAAAUUCUUGAUGCUACCAUUGACGCUGCCGUACACCUCGCUGACCGCUAUAUCGCAGGUCGUCGGUUUCCUGAUAAGGCAAUUGAUCUCAUUGACGAGGCCUGCACGACAUUAGAGCUAGGAGGAGAAAAUACAGUUGUUGCGCCGAAUCAUGUUGCACAGGUUGUGAGCGGAUGGACUGGAAUUCCUAUAGCUACGCUUAAUCAAGAGGAGAGUGUCAAAUUAAUUCACUUAGCCGACAGAUUGCAUGAGAGAAUAGUUGGGCAGGAUGAGGCCGUCAAUUUAGUUGCAGAAGCAGUGUUGCGUUCCAGGAUUGGCCUUCACCAAGCUGGUCAGCCGAUAGGCUCCUUCCUCUUUUUGGGCACGACGGGUGUUGGAAAAACUGAACUUGCGAAAGCUCUUGCAGAACAACUAUUUGGUAGUGAGAAGAUGAUGCUUCGCUUUGAUAUGUCUGAGUAUGUUAGUCCCGAAUCCGUGCUACGUCUCGUUGGAGCACCCCCAAGCUAUCAUGGUUAUGAAAAUGGUGGACAACUGACCGAGAAAGUUAGGAGGCGCCCAUACAGUGUUGUCCUUUUUGAUGAGGUGGAGAAGGCAUAUCCGUCAGUGUUGAAUGUUUUUCUUCAGCUCCUUGACGAUGGUGUGUUGACUGAUGGUAAAGGGCAUAAUGUGGAUUUCAAGAAUACAAUUAUCAUUAUGACUUCGAAUGUUGGGGCAGAGCACCUAAAUGUAGGAGUGGUUGGAGAAAAGACAACGGUUGCUUCGCGAAAUCUUCUCAUGAAACAGGUUCAAAAAUGCUUCAAGCCCGAAUUUAUCAACAGAUUAACCGGCAAGGGCAUAUCUCUUGUUCUAAGUGAUGCUGCGUUGGAUGUCAUUUUGUCAGAAUCACACAACCCAUUGUAUGGUGCAAGGCCCAUAAAAAGGUGGAUAGAGAAGAACAUAAUGACAACUAUCUCCAAGAUGCUGGUCAAUGGAGAAGCUGUUGAAGGAUCAACAAUCUCCAUUGACUCUACCAGUGACAAGAAAGGCUUGAAAUACCAAUUGGCAAAGAAAAAUGCGACGGAUCCGUGA